AUGCUAUUAACUCUCCUGGUCUUUAUCUCGACCCUCGUCACCAUACUGUUGCUCCUCCUUCCUUCUCAGCGCGAUCCAACCGACCAGCAAUGUACUGUUCAAGUCGUCGUGCUCGGUGACGUUGGCCGAAGCCCGCGUAUGCAAUAUCAUGCCUUGAGUAUAGCAAAACAUGGUGGCCAUGUACAGCUGAUCGGCUACAGAGAGACCGAUCCUCUCCCCGAGCUCCUGGUCCACCCCAAUGUCACCAUCACAGCUCUCCCGCCUGCUCCUCGAUGGCUACAAACGGGCAACAAGGUCUUGUUCCUCUUGUAUGGCCCUGUGAAAGUGCUGUUACAAGCUUGGACUUUGUGGCGGACACUGAGUUACUCCAUCCCAGCCUCCAGAUGGAUGCUUGUUCAGAAUCCGCCUUCCAUUCCAACUCUUUUGAUUGCGGCGAUCAUCUGCUUCUUCCGUCGAACAAGGCUGGUCGUGGACUGGCACAAUUUCGGAUACUCCAUUCUCGCACUCAAACUAGGACCAGAUCAUCUUUUGGUCGCACUUUCGAAACUGUAUGAAACCAGUCUCGCAACCGCCGCCAAUGCAAACUUCAGCGUUACGGAUGCCAUGGCCAAAGUUUUGAGAUCGGAGCUCCGGGUCCCGGCACCUGUUCUAACCCUACAUGACCGGCCAGCAAACCUGUAUCAACCUCUCCUAGAAUCCCAGCGCCUUGCUUUCCUGCAAAGAUACACAGUCUUAGCAAGACACUUCAAUGCCAUCGUAGACAAAAAGACCCGGCUCGUGGUCUCGUCGACAUCCUGGACGGCCGACGAGGACUUCGGCCUCUUUCUGGACGCUUUGUGCCAAUACUCUGCCAGUGCUACCUCUUCCCAUCCUCAGCUCCCAGAGCUCGCUAUCGUCAUUACCGGAAAAGGGCCACAGCAACAGCACUAUCUUGACAAGAUCCAAGAAUUGCGCCAGGGGGACGCUCUAGAAAUGGUGAGCAUUUAUACUGAUUGGCUCAGUUUCGAGGACUAUGCUCUCCUGCUGGGCGCCGCGGAUCUGGGAGUGUCAUUACACACGAGCAGCAGUGGAGUUGAUCUUCCGAUGAAAGUCGUGGACAUGUUCGGUGCUGCAUUGCCUGUGGCUGGUUGGAACCAAUACCCAGCAUGGCCUGAGCUGGUGACGGAGCAAGUCAAUGGCAGAGGCUUUGGCAGUGCAGAAGAGCUGGCAGAUAUUCUGCGUCAACUGUUUGAUCCUGCGUCGAAGGAACUGGAGCGGUUGAAGCAAGGUGCACGAGCUGAAAGCAGACGCCGCUGGAGUUCCGAAUGGGAUCCUGUCGCCGGCAAGCUGUUUGGAUUGACAACUUGA